AUGGGUAAAUUGACACAGCUUUUAUUGCACCCGACCGAGGUCCUGGCCUUGAUACAGUACAAGUACUUCAAGCACGAAAAGCACCCACGGGACCCGACGCAGGAACCAGCGUCGCUCCAGCGGUGCUACGAGUUGUUACGCGUGACAUCGCGGUCGUUUGCAGCGGUGAUCCAGGAGCUCCAUCCCGAACUCCGUGACGCAAUCAUGUUGUUCUACAUCAUCUUGCGGGCGUUGGACACGGUGGAAGACGACAUGAGCAUCGAUCCGAAGAUCAAGGUCCCGCUCUUGCGCGGGUUCGACGCCAAAUUGUUGACGAAGAACUGGACGUUCAACGGGAACGCACCAGGCGAGAAGGACCGUGUGGUGCUUGUUGAGUUUGACCAGAUCCUCAUUGAAUACCACAAGUUGAAACCAGCGUACCAGGACAUCAUCAAGGACAUCACACACCGCAUGGGCAACGGGAUGGCGGACUACAUCAUGGAUGAGAACUUCAACACCAACGGCGUUGCCACCAAGAAGGACUACGACUUGUACUGCCACUAUGUUGCGGGCCUUGUCGGGGAGGGAUUGACGAAAAUGAUUGUCGUGGCGCAGUUUGGCGACGAAUCCCUCGCCGACAAGAUGUACUUGGCCGAUUCCAUGGGCCUCUUCUUGCAGAAGGUCAACAUCAUCCGCGACUACUACGAGGACUUAUGUGACGGGCGCUCGUUCUGGCCUCGUGAGAUCUGGGCCAAACACUGCACCGCUCUCCCAGACUUUGCUGCCGCUUCUGAUGACACCAAGGGUCUCGAUUGUAUCUCUGAAAUGGUUGAAGACGCGUUAGGUCAUGCGACCGAUGUUCUCACCUACUUAUCUUUGAUCCGUGACCAGUCUACCUUCAACUUCUGCGCCAUCCCCCAAGUCAUGGCCAUCGCUACCUUGGAGUUGAUCUACCAGAACCCCGCUAUCCUCCACCGCGCCAACGUCAAAAUCCGCAAGUCCUUGACGUGUAAGCUCAUCUUAGAGUCCAGAACGAUGCCAGGCGUGGUACACAUCUUCGAGCGCUUCGUGGCGAAAAUUCACCACAAGUCGAAUGUCACCGACGCCAACUAUUUGUCAAUGGGUAUCAUCUGCGGCAAGAUUGUCCAGACAAUCGAGUGUAUGUAUCCUGUGGAUCCAAUCCAAAAGCAGUCCCAGUUGGGUGCUGGUGCCGCCAACCCGGUCGUGCAGGUCAUCAGAGCCAGACAGCAGAUGGAUGACGAGAUGGCGCAGAUCAUGAUCGCCGAGAGGAUGAAGGUCAACUUGGUAUUGAUGCUUGUCGGGCUGCUUGUCGUGUCGCUCGUAUACGUCAUUGCCGACCAGAAACAUUCAUAG